AUGACGCCGCAUAAAGUGAAAGAAAGAAAAGUGACUCCAGUAAAGAUUUAUGAUAGUGCUGUUAAAAAUCUGUGGAGGGAAAUCACACGCCUCCGUAAAAAGGGAAACUGUUUCAGUCAGCGCCUGAACAAUGCUAAAAAACUAUUGAAAGAGCCUUCAUUCCAUAAAGUUUUUAAAACAAUGAGCAUACCUGCAAAGUUUUUCAAUAUAGUUCAAUAUAAACAAAAUAAAAGGAAGCAAUUUACUGUUGACGAAAAAGUGUUAGCACUGCGUUUAUUUAUAAAAACUCCUAAAGGUUACCUCCUAUUGGCGAAAUUAUUUACUUUGCCUUCACACACAUCCUUAAAAAGAUUGCUGGCACAAAUUAAAAUAAGUCCUGGGCCAAAUAAUGUCUUAUUGUUUGAUAAUUUAAAAACACUCGCAAGUGAAUUUACCGUCGAAGACCGUUUAUGUUCCUUAAUUUUUGAUAAAAUGCCAAUUAAACCUCAAAUACUCUAUGACGCCACAAAAGACGAAAUUAAAGGUCUUGUAAGUAAUGGAAAAAGGGAUAUUGCGAGCCAUGCCUUAGUGUUCAUGAUAAAGGGCAUUAGAAAACAGUAUAAACAGCCCGUCGCAUAUUACUUUACAAAUUGCUUAAAUAAACUAGAACUGAGAUUUUUUAUAUUAGAAGUUAUAAGAAAAGUACAAGAAGCCGGUUUCAUAAUUAUCUGUACUGUGUGUAAUCACAGCACUACAUAUGUUAGUGCUAUAAAUGAACUCAUACGUGAAACCAAAGUUAAUCUACUAAACAAUCCAAAAGUAAUGGAAUAUGAAUACGAUUAUUUUGAAGUAAAUGAGCAAAAAAUUAUUCCACUUUAUGACACAUCCCAUUUGAUCAAAGGCCUAAGAGACAAUUUAAUUUUAAACAAUUUAAUAUAUAUUGAUACAGAGGACAACAGAGAGAAAACUGUAAAAUGGGAGUACUUCCAGCAGUUGUAUUUGGCUGAUAAAAUGUUUGGUGAAUUAAGGUUUUUGCAGAAAAUCACUGAGGAGCAUGUGGUGCCGGAAAUAAUUAAAAAAGUGCGAACUAGGACAGCUGUGCAAAUAUUUAGUCAUUCAGUGGCUGUGGCUACUGAACAUUUGUCAGCCCGUGGGAAACUGCCGAAAGCAUGUCGAGAGUUAAUUCCUUUUGUUUUAACAAUAGACAAUUUGUUUGAUUCGUUAAAUGUAACAUCGUUUAAUGAUAUGGAUGGUAAAAUUUUCAGAUCCGCUCUGAGAAUCAAUUCUCCACAUCACUGUCUUUGGGAAAAGUCAAUUAAAAUGCUAAAAACCAUUAAAUUUACACAUGGUAAGGCAGAAUUUGUUCCGCCUUGUGUAUUUCUUUUUAUUAAAACCAUUCAGGGCUUCCAAGCUUUGUCGCGACUUUUAUUUGAAAAAUAUUUCUUUCACUUUGUGAUGACUGGUAAUAUGAAUCAAAGUCCAAUAGACACAUUUUUCGCCGAUAUAAGGAGCCUCAGGGCUAGGAAUGUAGCUCCAAACACUGUGGCAUUUGAAAUAGCAUAUAAAUCGCUGCUAUUAAAUAAUUACUGUGUUCAAUCUGUGCAUGCAAGUUGUGAGCAUGAUGACAGUAAAUAUUUACUAAGUUUAAAAUUUUCGUGUAAAGACAUUGAGACUGCGGCUCCAAAUGCUGCUGAAGAAAAGGAAAUUCCAUUCAGUGAAGAUUUGGCUUGUCCUAUAGAAGAUAACACAUUUAAUAAAGGUCAAAGAAACUAUUUCUGUAGAUGGGUUGUGCAAAAAUGCUUAAAGCGUGUAACAAAAUCGUGCAGGUGUUGUAAAAAUGAUCUGAUUGAUACAAAUAAUAAUGGCUCUAAUACUUAUAUACCUUCAAAAGAAUAUGUUCCAAACAAAAAAUGGCGGCAUUAUCCGCGUCCAGCGUUAAUUUAUUGUUUUACACAAAUUCAAAAUCUGUGCAUAUCGCACUUAAAACGUGAAGUCCCUUCUGUAGAUGUAAAGAGGUAUAUUAAAUGUUGUGUGGAUAGAUUUCUUAAAUUCCAUUUCAAAUGUAAAACACAUAAAGAAAAAUUAAAAAAAUGUUUCGUCGAAUCAACCAUAAAUAUAUUAAUUUACAAUUGGUGCCGAAGCUUGAAUAAAAUUUUGUAUGGUAAAGUUUCCGGUACUGAUUCAGAAGAUGCAUUAAAGGUUGUAGUCCAAACGUAUUAUAAUAAACGUAAACAUAAAUUAUUAAAUUGA